AUGUCUCGGCUUUUUUUUUCACUGGUGUUGGCAUUCACACGCAUAUCUUCUUGUUCUUCUUCGUCAGGUAACAGCUUUCGCUGUUCCAACGACCAUACCUUGGCAAAGCAGCGAAAUUUGAAGACACCACCACCACCACCACCACAACAACAACAACAACAACAAUUCCGUGCUGCGAAUAGCUGCGCUUGUUUUAGUGACGGAAGUGAACUAAAUGAUGCUGUCAAGCAGUUUAUCCAAGAUGGGUGUUCUGACACCCACAAUUGCAAUACCGAUGUAGUGCAAAAAUACGGUUGGCCCAUGGGAUCCUGGUGUGUGUCAAAUGUCACUAAUAUGGACAAGUUAUUCUACGGGGCAUCGCACUUCAAUGACGAUAUUUCCCCUUGGGAUACGGCCCAAGUCACAAGUAUGGAAACAAUGUUUGAGUACGCAUCCUCCUUUCAUCAAGACUUGUCAGCCUGGGAUGUUUCGAAAGUCACCAACAUGAUUCGAAUGUUUGCUCAUGCGUCAGCCUUCAAUCAAGAUUUGUCCUCAUGGGACGUUUCUCAAGUUGCAAAUAUGCAAUACCUGUUUGGUUAUGCCUCUUCCUUCCACCAAGACUUGUCAUCCUGGGAUACGUCUCAAGUCACGGAUAUGAGUUACAUGUUCCGUGCCGCAUCAUCCUUCAAUGGCGAUAUUUCCUCCUGGAAGGUUUCCAAAGUUACAAACAUGUGGGGGAUAUUUUACGAGGCGUCGUCUUUCAAUCAAGAUUUGUCCUCGUGGGAUAUCUCAAACGUCAAGAGCAUGAGAAACAUGUUCUACUUGGCAAGCUCAUUCAAUCAAGACUUGUCCCUGUGGAAUAUUUCUCGUGUGACAAAUAUGGAAUACAUGUUCGCGGGAGCAUCCUCCUUCCAACAAAAUCUGUGUGCCUGGGGUCCGCAGAUUUCGCCUACCAAGAAGAACAAUAUUAUGACUCUGAUGUUUUGGGGGAGCAACUGUCCCGCCCAAUCGGAGCCAAACACAACAUCCACUCCACCAGGUCCAUUUUGCUACGAAUGUGUCUAG